CAAAGCUGGUGGUACUCCAUUUAGUAUAUAUACAGGAUACUUUAUUUAUAUACAAAAUUGAAAAGAUAACAAAUAUCAAGAUAUGAUGAUUUUGUACAUAUUAGUUUCAUUAGCGACCUUUCAAAAACUGGCACUUUCAGUGAAUAUAUCUAUAGGACAGAAUGACUCAUUUAUUAACGAGGUGUUCUACAUGAUGCCGACUGAUUACGAUUUUGACUUAGUUUUUGGAGACGUCACUAUAAUGAAGAAUCUUUUCAAAGAUCUUCUUGACGAUUACGAUACAAGGAUACGUCCUAUACAGGACCAAUCUCUACCAGUGAAUGUGUCAGCACAGUUUGUGCCAAUGAGCCUGUUAGAAUUUGACACAGUGGGGCAGAAGUUUUCAAUUCUUGGAUACUUUCGGGUGUGGUGGAAGGAUGAACUCCUGACGUGGAAAGAAGAAGAAUAUGCACAUACAAAUAAUGUAAAAAUACCAACAAAGGAAAUGUGGACACCUAGUUUGAUUAUAUUAAAGACAGUUAAUGGCGAUGGUGUGGUUGGAAACAUGGAAACCGACAUCGCAAAGGUGUCAUCGGCGGGUGAUGUACAAUGGGUGCCAGAAGGAAUUUACAGUGUGGUUUGCGAUGUAAAUAUCAAGUACUAUCCAUUCGACAAGCAGAUAUGCACGAUUACCUUCUACGUGUCUGAUGAAACUGUGACAAGUGUUGUCCUCAGUCAUCACAAUGAGGUCACUUUGGACGAAUAUACGGAGAACACUGCCUGGAAGAUCAUGAAAAUUGUAAAGAAGCAAUACAGAAAGUACAAUUCGAACUUUAUUGAUAUUCAGUUUCACGUGCAGAGGCGUGCUGGCUUUACAACAUUCACUUUGAUCAUGCCUUUGCUCAUGUUGGCAUUCUUGAACGUAUGUAUUUUUCUGGUUCCGAUAGGAUCUGGAGAAAAGGGAUCGUUUGCAAUCACCAUAUUUUUGUCUUAUGGAAUAUUCAUCACAAUUAUAAGUAAUACCUUACCCCAAAACUCUCUUCAAAUCUCCUAUUUUGUGCUCUUUAUCACUAUUCUAUUGUUUCUAAGCGUCCUAUCCGUAUUCUACACAGUUCUGCAAGCGAAACUUGUUGCUGUUAUGGGUAACCAGCCAUGCCCGUGGAAGUUUCUCACUCCAAAAAAUGAAAAUAAAGUUAUGGCUUCUACAGAUCUAGAAACGGAUGAGUUAAAUAAAGUAGAAAAUGGUGAGAUUACGGGAACUGAUAAGCCGUACACAUGGGCAAUGGUUUUCCAACGCCUUGACACAAUAAUAUUUAUUCUUUUUCUAACAUUAGUUAUUCUCUGUACUUUUUCUUUCUUUGUUCUCAUGAUUCAAAAUUAAAAAAAAACUGUAGGGUUUUCUGAUAGCUGCGAUAUAUUGUUUUUCUGUAUACAGGCACAUUUAAAUUGUAUAUAUUUUAGCUACUAUAGUAUUAUCCAAAUGCAUUUUUUUCGACGACAUUACAGAUCAGUUCACGUUGACACUCACAUUCCGUACUUUUCUUGAAGGAAAAGAGUGUCACAGAACAAGAAAUUCAUUCGCGUAUCGCAUUCCUUUGACUCGGAGUUAAAGUUUUAAAUUUGUCAGCGAAAGAUAUUUGAUCAAAAGGGAUUUGACUUUUCAUUGCCGGUCAUAUGUCUCAGGUGUUAUAGAACAAUGUUUUCGAGAUAUAUCCCUUGUAUGUACAUGUAAAAUGAGUACUGCAUUUUAAGCUGUUUUAGUUGGGAAAUAUAAAAAGAGAGACACAAAAAACGAGGGUAACAUAGAUGCUGGUAUCAUGAGGGCCGGUGUAAUGAAGUAUUUCGACCCCCAUAGAAUAACGACCCCCGGUCAUUAUUCUAUAGAAAAUGUGACUCCUUUCCUGUAAAAUAUUGACUCCCUUAUAAAAAACUGACUCCCUUUGAAAACUCUAUAGAAUAACGACCCCCGGUCAUUAUUCUAUAAAAAACUGACCCCUCCAAGUAAAAUACUGACUCCCUAAAGAUGACUCCCUUCGAAUCUCAUAGAAUAACGACCCCGGUUAUUAUUCUAUAGAAAAAGCGACUCCUUCCAUGUAAAAUACUCACUGCCGAAAUUACUAGAUUCGAACUCUCAUACAAUAUCGAUUCCCGGACAUUAUUCUAUUUAAAACAGUUACUCUUUCCGUGUAAAACACCGGCUCCUAAAAAGACUUUCGACGAUAAUAUCUAUCAAAAAGUGGUCCCCACCAAACCUAACGGACAAUGUUUCUAGAUCUACAACUCUAAUACCCUCCAUUGCCAAUAGUUAACAUUUUGAUUGUACUUCUACUACUGGUGCCGCUACUUCUAUUGCUAUUACUACAUGUUCUUCUUCUUCUUCUACUACUACUACUACUACUACUACUACUACAACUGCUACUACCGAUACUACUAUACCUGCUUCCACUAAUACGUCUUGUACAUCUACCUCUUCUUCUCCAGCUGCUGUUGUUGUUGUCACUUAUUCCUCUGCUGCUGCUGCUGCUGCAACUGCCACUACUACUACUACUACUACUACUACUACUACUACUGCUGCUGCUGCUUUCUAUUGUUGCCGCUACCGUACUUUACUGCCACUGCUAAGUAUUGCAACUUCUAUUAAUACUACGUUCUAUGCUAGCAGUUUCUUGCGCAGUUUUCUUCUGAAGAAUUACUUCAUACCGAAGUUUGAAGGGAUUAUUGACACUGGUGUGUUUUGUGAACGUAUUGUGAAUUGUUAAUUUCCUGAAAAAAAUGUAUACACCAAGAUACAGCGUCUAGAAAUAGAAUCCCUUUUCCCGUUGCGGAAUGCUCUGAUUUCUGUGUCAAGUGAUGGUAUCUGGGGCUAAUGGUCAAACGGACGGACGGACGGACGGACGGACAAGGGCAAAUCUAUAUGCCCCCCUCCCCCGAGUGGGGGCAUAAAAUGCAGCAAUUAGGCCUUAGGUACAUGAGUUAUCACUAAAUUUGGGGUAGUUUAUUUAUGGGAAUCAAUAUUCUUCGUGAGGUUCAGUUUACUUCACGUGGGGGAGUCAUAGUACUAUGAUCUGGAUAUCAUAAUACUAUGACCGGGGGGUCACUUUUUCUGUAGAAUAAUGACCGGGGGUCAUUAUUCUAUGGGGGUCGAAAUACUUCAUUACACCUGCUUAUAUAAAUAUAGGCUAAAAGGGAAAUAAUAUUUUAUAAAUAUUGAGUUAUUUAAAAGUACCAUUAAAAUAGAUCACGUUCACUUGAUAUAGAAGACAAAUCAAAUGACAGUAUAUUAAAUAUUGCCAAAUGUGUAGCUCUAAUAAAUGGGAAACAUAUACACAUCUAGGAUGAAUUAUGUGAUUCUCACAUGGAUCGAGAAUUAACGAUAUAUAAAUGAUCAGCUGGAAUGGGUUGGACUACUUUAUUUUUGAUGGGCAGUUGAAUGGAGACAGCUUUAAUUUUUUUAAUUUGGACUGCUUUAUUAUUUAAUAUUCAUCUACGAUAUGCAUGAAUGGAAUUAUUUGUUAUCGUGUGGACAUUUUUACGAAGUGAUAAGGAUUCUUUCAUUUUCCAAAAAGUAUUAAUAACUCCAGAAGUGGGUAACCUUCCCCCACCGACAUACACACAUACACUUUCUGAUACAGGUGUGUAUUCCGCUAGGUAGGUUUCAUCUCGAGUCACUCCAUGAAUUUCCUUUUAGUGAUUCAGAGCCAGAAAACGAAUUUCCUUGACAGAAAAUAACCGGCGCUAUGUAACUUCGUGUCGGAUGCAAUGGUACUCUUAUUGUUAUCUAGUAGGAUGGGAUUUUCGCUUGAGCUGAUCUGUAUAAACAACUAUUGGUUUUUAGUUAUUUUCAAUCACGUGACUUCAAAAAACGCGUAUUUUCGAGAUCACAAUAUCCGGUUGGUUGCCUGUGUUUACCUACUUCACGUUUACAUUUGAGACACGUGCAACAUAAUACCAGACGUUGCUUGAAAGCGAACAUUGUGUUGUCAACGUUCAAAGUUCCUGAUGCAAUAGCGAAAAGAACCAUUCGUGUAUGUGGGCGCGAAAUAACUGUCAUUAAUGUUGAACAGCGGUCUAGAGUUUUACAAAUACCAACACCAAGGCAACAUUUUAAUUAUUAAUUAUGUAUGUGUCAUGUGCGUAAUCACAUUGACAUUUCACAGUGAAUUCAAUGUUCACACUUGAAAAUAUUAUUUGAUUUAUUCAUUAAGGAAUAACUCCAUGACACUUAUGUUCGAUACCGUGUUUUCCAGAAAAUGGCGGCCAUGUUUCUUUUCGCCUGACGUAAUUAGUAAACUGUUUAUGAUGCAUAUAUGUAUGAUGGGUGACAAAUUAAAAAAGCUUAACUUCUGUAAGUCUUUAAGUGAUAAGUGAGUUUCUUGAUGUGCAGAAGCAUCGUGAUAUGUACCUAGAUAGGCUAGUGGUAGAGUUUCGAGUGCGCGAAGUCGUUGUCGAUCCCCGGCCGCAUCAAACCAAAGACAUGACAAUGGUAGUGACAGCCCUUUUACUUGGCGUUUGGCAUUAAAAGAGAACUUUCAUACCCUCGUGGUGAUUGUGCCAUCAGUUAUGAGAUGUGAUCAAUGUAAGUUGUAGAACUUGCUUCGCAAUCAACCUGAAAUAAAUAUAUUAGUAUAAACUAAACUAGAUUAAUUAUUAUAUACAUGUAAUGAAAAAUAGAGUAAAUGAUAUGUAAAUGAUUCCAAAAUUCAAAGUUUUAGUAAAACAGAUACAUCAUAACAGUUAAUCUGCUUACGCAAAAUCCAAAAUCGCUUUUGCAUAAGACGUUAAAUCAUUAAUACAAACUGUAGACAUUUUUAGUUUCAGGAUUUCUUCGCCCAUCUGCAUUCCCUUGUCUAAACUAAUUACUGUGUGAAUAUUUCAUUAAAAGGAUAUACAGGUGUAAAAGUAGACGAAAAAUUCUUUAUUUGGAGACGUACCAUAUUGUACUUUUCAGUUAUUUUUUUAUUUAUUCUUUCCACUGAAAUAAAAACAAAAUAGCAAUAGUAUGAGCAUUUGAUGAUCAAAGUCUUGACUGGACGAUUUCACACACGAUUUCGUUUUGCAUAUAACCAUAACCAUAUAGAUUUUAUGUGAUAAAAUGGCCUCUUUCAGUUUCUUUAAAGUCUUUGAGUUAAAUAGCCUAAAUAAAGCACGUAUAUUUUCAGUGAAAAAUACAUGAGUAUCCCAAUAACAAAAUACCGUAUAGCCAUCCUUGUAUUGCCACACUGUAGCUACAUAGAUUGUGUUUAUGGUCCCCAUCGGACUAGUCAUUAAUGUGUUUUUGUAAAAUAUUCUAUCAAAAUGUCGGAUAUAAAUAUUGGAUGAAAUAAUAUACAUAAGGGGUUCGUAUACGGUGGAACAGGCGUGGCAUAGAUAUUGCUAUAGUGUUGUCUACAUGAUGCCGCAAUUGAUGUAAUGGUACAUGAUGGGUAAUAAAUGUUAUGUAAAAAAAGCACUGGAAACUUGAUUAUUUAUGUAUAAUGAUAUCAGAGAAACUGGAAACUUGUUCUGUUUUGUAUAAUGAUAUUUGAGAAGCUGGAAACUAAUGGAAAGGAAAUGGAACCUUGUUUUGGUUUU